UCAGAGGAGCUACACGCCGGCCGGGUUGCAAGGAAUCCACCGCUAACUCUGCUCCACUUUUGUUCCGUCGGUGCUCGGUGGUCUUCUCGGAUGCUGGAUGACAUCCACCACCAGGACCACCACCAGGACCACUAGCAGGACCACAGCGCACCUCUGACCGGCGAGCAUGGACAACCAGGGCAGCCGCUGUAAGAUCGUGGUGGUCGGGGACGCGCAGUGUGGCAAGACGGCGCUGCUGCACGUUUUUGCCAAGGACUGCUACCCGGAGAGCUACGUGCCCACCGUGUUUGAGAACUACACGGCCAGCUUCGAGAUCGACAAGCACCGCAUUGAGCUGAACAUGUGGGACACGUCAGGUUCUUCUUACUACGACAACGUGAGGCCGCUGGCGUAUCCCGAUUCCGACGCCGUGCUGGUCUGCUUUGACAUCAGCCGCCCGGAGACUUUGGACAGCGUCAUUAAAAAGUGGCAAGGCGAGACGCAGGAGUUCUGUCCCAACGCCAAAGUGGUCCUGGUGGGCUGCAAGCUGGACAUGAGGACCGACGUCAACACGCUGAGGGAACUCUCCAAGCAGCGGCUCAUCCCUGUCACUCAUGAGCAGGGCAGCACGAUAGCUCGGCAGAUGGGGGCCGUGGCGUACGUGGAGUGCACGUCCAAGGUGUCGGAGAACAGCGUGCGGGACGUCUUCCACGUCACCACGCUGGCGUCCGUGCGGCGGCCGCACAACCCGCAGCUGAAGCGCAGCAGCUCCCGCCGGGGGCUCAAGCGGGCGUCGCAGCUCCCCCUCCCGCCGCUGCCCGCUCGGACUGAACCCAUGGACCAAGCCCCCGUCCUCAGGAAGGACCGGGCCAAGAGCUGCGUGCUCAUGUAGAGACCCCCCCCCACCCCCACAUAAAUAUUACUGUACAUACAAAUAUAUAUACGCCAGAGGACGUCUAUUUAUUCUGUUUUUUGUCGCUAUUUUCAUUUUUGCACGGUGGAAAUAUGUUUUUUUGGUGUCAAAAUGAGGACAAAAGCACACUGUGAUAGUGGAAGCGUUCACUGCAAAAGUGAAGAUGAUUGUCCUGCUGCGUCUUUGUUUUAAUUAUAAAGUAAUUGUAUUUUUUUUUUUUAAAUGAGUGUGAAUUUAUGAUAAAAAGUAACAUUUUGAGAAAAAAAUUCAGAAGAUGACAAAAUUUAGAAUUUUACGAAAAAAGUUAUGAGAAAAAAUUUCCAUUUGUACGAGAAACAGAUUAAUUGUGUUAUUGGAAAAGUUGUUACCUAGGAAAAAAAAUUGCAGUAAAAAAAAGUAAUAUUAAAGAACUGAAUCAGUUUUAUUCAUGACAAAAAAUAUAGUUGUGUUAUGAUAAAAGUCAUAACGUAUGAGAAAAAACAAAUUGUAGUCAAAAAGUAUUUUUUAUUAAAGAAAUUCAGACGUUUGAAUUUAAAAAGUUACAUUUUGAAAAAAAGUUUGUAAGGUAAUGACAAAAAUUUGAAUUUUACAAAACAAACAUUAAUAGAAAAAACUCAAAUUUAUCAGAAAAAUAAGUGUUAUAAUUUUAUAAGCUUAAAGAAAAGAAAAAAACUAAUGUUAUUAAAUAAAUAAAAACAUGACUGAAUUUAUGAGAAAAAGUAACAGCUUGAGGAAAAAAAUUCAGAUAGUGAUGACAAAAGUUAGAAUUUUACAAAAAAAGUUAUGAGAAAAAAUUUCCAUUUGUACGAGAAACAGAUUAAUUGUGUUAUUGGAAAAGUUGUUACCUAGGAAAAAAAAUUGCAGUAAAAAAAGUCAUAUUAAAGAACUGAAUCAGUUUUAUUCAUGACAAAAAAUAUAGUUGUGUUAUGAGAAAAGUCAUAACGUAUGAGAAAAAACAAAUUGUAGUCAAAAAGUAUUUUUUAUUAAAGAAAUUCAGACGUUUGAAUUUAAAAAGUUACAUUUUGAAAAAAAGUUUGUAAGGUAAUGACAAAAAUUAGAAUUUUACAAAACAAACAUUAAUAGAAAAAACUCAAAUUUAUCAGAAAAAUAAGUGUUAUAAUUUUAUAAGCUUAAAGAAAAGAAAAAAACUAAUGUUAUUAAAUAAAUAAAAACAUGACUGAAUUUAUGAGAAAAAGUAACAGCUUGAGGAAAAAAAUUCAGAUAGUGAUGACAAAAGUUAGAAUUUUACAAAAAAAGUUAUGAGAAAAAUGUUACAUUUACGAGAAACAGAAUAAUUGUGUUAUUACAAAAGUUGUUACGUAUGAAAAAAAUUGCAGUAAAAAAGUCAUAUUAUAAACUGAAUCAGAAUCUACCAACAAAAAAAAGUAUAGUUGUGUUAUAAGAAAACUUAUAAACUUAAAAAAACAAAAAUAAAAAACAAAAGGCGAGGUGAAUGGAGCCUUAUAUGUCUGUUUGUUUAUGAAGUGCCCACAUGGCUCCCACAAGUGCAAUGUUGAGACAAAAACAAACAUGUCUGCUUGUCUUCUUCACACUAAUUGUGUUUGAACUGUGGAAAAUGAAGUCCAAUGUACUUUUUUUUUUUUUCUUUUUUUUUUUCUUUUCUGCAGCAAGUCCUCAGUCCUCACUAAUGUUGGAAAUAAAGCACCUGCAGAUGGC